GACUCUGCAGCCCCGCCGGUUUGACGGGUUGGACAGAAACACGCCCCAUUCCCCGGCGGGGCGUCGCCACCAGGUAUAAGAGACCGAGCUGCUCCAGAGCCAGCAGCACAACGAUCAGUCAUCAUCGAUCACUUCCUGACCAAUAAUCACCGAUCGGCCUGCAGCAGACAUGGACUUCGUGAAAAACGCAGUCGGAGGCAAAAAUUUAGGCAAAGUUGCCGGGAAGAAAGCAGGUGAAUUUGUGGAGAAAAAGGUGGAUGAGGUAUUUGGUGGAAAAGCGGGACAGCAGCAGCAGCCGCAGCAGCCGCAGCAGCCGCAGCAGCCGCAGCAGCCGCAGCAGCCGCAGCAGCCGCAGCAGCCGAAGCAGCAGCCGCAGCAGCAGCAGGAGGAGAAGAAAGGAGGAGAUGAAGACUUUGGUCUGGGAGACGCGCUGUAAUUAGUUAACAACAAGGGGCAGGAAGGAGGAAACGCAGCUGAUGAUCUGAAGAACCUGGCCGGCGGCCUGUUCAAGUAGGAGCUGGAGGACGGAGUCUUCAUCACCUUCAUCACCUUCAUCACCUUCAUCACCUUCAUCACCUUCAUCACCCUCUCUGCCUCAGACGUUUCUGAACUCGGCUCCUCUUGUUUCAUCUCUCUUCCUGUUUUAAGCCUCCCAGCGUCUUACUGGGAACUUUAACUGGUUUAAUAAAUUCUACAUUUGGACAUUUACUGGUUGUUUUUUCUGGAACCAAUAAACUGUCAAAUUAAAUAUAUUAAAACAUAAAA